AUGGAGCCAGAAAAUCUAACACGGGUUGCAGAAUUCCUCCUCCUGGGACUUUCAGAGGACCCAGAGCUGCAGCCUGUCCUCUUUGGCCUGCUACUGUCCAUGUACCUGGUGACAGUGCUUGGGAACCUGCUCAUCAUCCUGGCCGUCAGCUCUGACUCCCACCUCCACACCCCCAUGUACUUCUUCCUCUCCAACCUGGCCCUCACUGACAUCUGUAGUACCUCUACCUUAGUCCCUAAGAUGCUGCUGAACAUCCAGACAGAAAGCAAAGCCAUCUCCUAUGCAGGCUGCCUCACUCAGGCAUAUUUUUUCAUGGUUUUUCUAUGCAUGGACAACUUACUGCUGACCGUGAUGGCCUAUGAUCGCUACGUGGCCAUCUGCCACCCCUUGCAUUACAUGGUCAUCAUGAACCCCCGCCUCUGUGUCCUGUUGGUCCUGAUCUGUCUGCUCGUCAGCACUGUGGAUGCCCUGGUGCACGCUCUAAUGUUGCUGCGUCUGUCUUUCUGCAAACACCUGGAGAUCCCCCACUUCUUCUGUGAUCUGACUCAGAUCCUCAAGGUGGCCUGUUCCGACACCUUCAUCAAUAAUGUCCUGAUAUAUCUUGCAGCUUGCAUAUUUGGUGGUGUUCCUCUGUCUGGAGUCAUUUUCUCUUAUACUCAUAUUGUAAUCUCUGUCUUAAAGCUUCCGUCAUCAGAAGGGAAGUAUAAAGCCUUUUCCACCUGUGGGUCUCACCUGUCUGUUGUCUCCUUGUUCUAUGGGACAGGUUUUGGGGUGUACAUUAGCUCUUUAGUUACUAGCUCCCCCAGGAAGACUGCAGUGGCUUCUGUGAUGUACACUGUGGUCCCUCCAAUGCUGAACCCCUUUAUCUACAGCCUGAGGAACAGGGACAUGAAGGAGGCCUUGAGGAAACUCAUUGUUAGAGCAGCUUCCCUUCAUUGA